UGGUUACGAAAGCGUCCCGAUUCGGUGGCAUCUGAUUAUCUGGACUAUCGUGCUGUAAAGAAGACGAAGUUGGCGAACUUACUGUUGAACAGUCAGGAUAAUAUGGAAGCCGACAUAGAAGCCAUCCUUUAUCGCUCUCCUUUUGCUGGCCGAACAAUAGUACGUUGGGAGUCUUCACAACCCUCUCCCGCCCCAAAAACUAUCUUGGUUGCUCCAUUGACGCCUAAACGAGGCUUAACUCCGCCACCGAAUCUCUAUCCCUCACCGUACAGUGUUAGACUUGUAUCAAACUUCGAUAUUCCUAGUCUGAACAAGAAGUCUACAGUUCGUCGUGCUGAAUAUAGUUAUCCAACAGAUGCCACUCGUCACAGUCUCGAUGUGAGGUGCAACCUCAGCCACCAGCAAGCGCUCUACGAAUUCGCCCUCGUAACAUGUCUAGGUGUCAGUUCUGCUACUUCAUCGUUGCUCCUUGAUGUAGGAUGUGGAGCCCACUUUCCCUUCGGAGGUCACAGUUUAACGAAAGAUGUUCCCUUCAAACUCGGUUUAGAUCAAUCCGUGCGUCCUAUCCCGGGCAUCGACUUUGCGCAAUGCUCAUUGGUAGGUUCAAGGCUGCCGCUUCGUGAUUCGUCAGUAAACUAUAUCGUCACCAUUUCGUUCGCCCAAUGGGUAACGGCAGAUGAGGAUCUUGAAGUAACCAGUUUAUUCGCUCGAGAAUGUGUUCGGGUGUUGGCGGAUGGGGGUGGGGCGGGUGUUCUUCAAUUUUACCCUGGAAACAAGCGCGAUCUUGACGCAAUUUGUGAAGCUCUUGCCGAUGCGCAUCACUGUGUUCGCGGGUGCCGUUUGAGUGCUCGACCUGUUAAAAACAGAGGGAUCAAAAUAUUUGUGUAUUUUGUAAAGUACUGA